AUGAGUGAGCAUACUGACUAUCUUCUCGCACAGUAUGAGUCGAUGCAAAGAAAUUGCUCGGUCACCCUGCCUGUUUCUACGUACACAUCAACUCUCAAGGUCAGCCCCAGCACUGUGACCCAAUCACAGUUCAGCACCACCAGCACAACCAUUCCAGCGACUGCGACAUCAUGUCUGGGACAAUUAAUUGAGCCUGAAGACGCUGUUACUUGCUUAGGAUUGUCGGAUGCAUAUAAUGUCAGCACUGGGGCCGCUAUUCGCGCUACCCAGGAUGACUUCUGCCAGUUUGACACUCCCAUCUGUCUUCCGCCUCCUUGCGAGAUAGACAUCGUAAUAGGCAAUCCUUCUUGCGAAGAGUUGGCCGCUCAAUACUCCACGGAGGGGUCUCCAGUGACGCUGACACAGUUCCUUACAUGGAACCCGGCCAUUCUUGGCUCCUGUGGACAUUUGAACCAUGUACAAAGAAUUUGUAAAGGGCCCCCCGGGGGCCGCUUCAAGCCCUCUGGGGUGAUAUCAGCCCCUACGACGGCAGCUGUAGCAUCAGAACCUACACAAACAGGAACCACUGCAAAUUGUGGUCGAUACUAUAAAGUCGUCUCGGGGGACACGUGUAACUCGGUAGCUCUGCGCUUCGGAAUUACUUUUGCAGACCUGCAGUCUCUAAAUGCCUAUCUGUGGAACAAUUGCACUAACCUCUGGCUCAAUUACGACGUUUGCGUUGCGCCCGUUUCUGAAGCCCCGAUUUCAAAAGAUGGUACUUGUGGAGCCGCCAAUGGAUAUGGAGUAUGCGAAGGCUCUCAAUUUGGAAAGUGCUGCUCAACAAGUGGCUACUGCGGUAGUACCGGUGAUUACUGUGGCGCAGGCAACUGUGCGUCUGGUGCUUGUGAGCUCAACACCGGCGCGACGACAAACGGCACCUGUGGUCCUGACUGGGGCUAUUUAACGUGCACCAACCCAAGCUUUGGCCCGUAUGUACUCAGCGCAUUUUUCAGGCUCCGUCCUUCUUCAUGCCAGAUGAUAACAGACAUUCCAGGUGUUGUUCUAUAUAUGGAUACUGUGGGAAAGGAUCGGACUUCUGUGGGCCUGGGAAGUGUUACUCGGGAAGUUGUGAGGAUAAUAACGGUGGACCCAGCAUCAACGGUGAGUGUGGACCGAGUUUCGCUGGCAACAAGACGUGCACUGGGACGCAAUUUGGAAAUUGUUGCUCUACCUCGGGGUACUGUGGGAGCACCGAAGAGUAUUGUGGUCAAGGAAAAUGCUAUUCCGGUGCUUGCACAUCUUGACCUUGUGUCCGAACUACGCAGGCUGAUGGUCAUCCUGAACACUAUACAACAGGAGGCAGAGUAUUUGCAAUGUCUCUGGUCCUAUGGACCUUAG